AUGGCAUCUGCAGCUCCGAUGCUUCCUUCCACAAAGGAGAACACUAACUAUGCCAGAGUAUGCCGCCUUCUGGUGGAUGUUGGUUCUCAUGUACUGAGAGUAACGUUCGACAAAAUCCGUCCGCCCGGAGGCCUUGACACUGUUUUGGGAUCCCCUUCGAUAACUGCUACCUUGCAGUCACUUCGACGCAAGAAAAUCUUAAAUCCUUUGCAAUGGGGCAAGCUGUAUCCUGCAAUCAGAUCUUCAGUAUCGUCUGAGAAAUUUGACAUUACUUUGCUGAUGGUCCUACUGAGAAGUAUUUGUGGCCUGACUCCUCCAGCCACUGGGUGGGAUAAGUUUCCACCGCCCACAGAUUUGUCUUGUGAGGCUGAUAUCGCUCGCAUCAAAGUGUACAGAAAUACAGUGUAUGCCCACGCAACUCAGACGUCGAUUGACGAUGUUACAUUUGAAAAUUACUGGAAGAAUAUCCGCGAUACCCUAGUAAGACUAGGAGGAGCAGCUUAUGAAGCGGCUAUUGAUGCACUAAGGUAUGAUUGCUUGGACCCUGAGAUGGAAGAACACUACGAACAGCUUCUAAAUCAGUGGAAGUUGGACGACGAUAACAUAAAAGACCAGCUAGAAGAACUUAAGGCAUCAGUACAUAAUAUUGAGAAGCAAUUGCAGCUAACGUCAGGUAAGUGGAACAAACACUGGAAUAGAAAGGGAGCCCUAAUUCUGUUGCGCAUGUUGCUGGUUUAUGGUCAAACUCCCGUUUACUGACACCCUUGAGGACAGAAAGUAUCCGGUAACAGAAGUCAAUAAAAUAAUACAGUGGUUGUUUUUGGGUGAGACCACUAUGACUUAGUGUCUAGGUAUGGGUAGGCUUUAAUAGAUUGUGUUCAUCAAAGUAUAAUAUAACAUUCCAAAGUAUGCUUGUUUUCCUGAAUUAAGAUACCAAUAUUUUCCCUGAAAAUGCAGAAAUUAUGUUGGUUAGUUUUUUCCCUUAAUUUUGUUAAAAAAGCAACAACAAUUAUGAGACAUUUCGGUCAUGAACAUAAAAGCACUUGUAGUCAAACGACCAAUUUGUUUUGUAUAAACCUGAGUCACUACCUGUGGGACUUAGGCUUCUCAGCCUUCUAGGUCCCAUCAAUACCACGUGGCAAAAUGCAGGCAAAUUCCAAGACUUCACUGCAAACACAAUUUUUGUCUCUCCAAUGAGGUUGGUGUGUAGUAUAUUCACACGAUCUUUGUGACUUAGUUUUUUGCUUCUUUCUCAGAAGAAACGAAGAAGAGCAUAACCAGAAGUGAGUUACCGGAAAAAGAGCCAAAUAUUUAUGGCCGCACAAAGGAGAUUGAGAACAUUAUUAAAACCCUCUUGGGGAAAAGUGGGGAAAAUGUAGCAGGCGUCCUUGUCAGUGGAACCGCUGGAGUGGGAAAGUCUACGGUUGCUAUUCAAGCUGGGUAUCGGCUAAAGAACGAGUUUAAAGCCAUCGUGAAGUUUUGUUCUUUGAGAGGCUCAUACAAAGGGGGAAGUGAAGAUGACGGCGUGGUGCGAGAAAUUCUGAAUGUGUGUGGCGAUCAACAAGUCAGUGAGUAUCCAAGGCAUGUUUUGCUCAACUGGUGCAGGCAGCUUGAAAAUGAAUUGAUACUUAUUGUUGAUAGCGUGGAAGAUGCCAUAGAGGGUCCACAUAAGUACCAUUUUUUGAAGUUAUUGAGUGAAAUGAGGAUGCGUUCAGAUUGUAAAAUAAAGUUCCUGAUAACCUCGAGUUCAGACAUUGAAACUGCCGGAAUGGUUUCAGAAAUCCCACUCCUUAAAAUAGCGCUGGGUCCUUUGGGUGUUGAGGAAAGCAUAGAAGUUCUUAAGAAUGCAGCUAAUUUGACGUCUGAUACUGGUGCUGACACUCAAGUAAAGUUGCGCAAAAUAGCUGAACUUUGUGAGAAAAAUCCCCUUGCACUUCGACUUGCUGGCCCUCUCCUUGCAGAGGAAUCUGAAUACACUUUUGAAGGACUUCAACAAAAGCUUGAGCAGAACCCAACAAGAACUCUUGGCAUUAUGCCAAUGAUGGAAAUAGCUUUUGAAAAGCUGGACGAGUCUUUGAAACGUUCGUUGGUGUAUUUGUCAGUAUUUCCCCAGUCUUUCAAAAGAGAUGCAGCAGAAGCAAUACUCGGUGCUAACUGUGCUGAAGCUUUAACAAAUUUAAAGAAUAGGUGUUUGAUCCAGAAGCAAGAUGACCGUUAUCUAAUUCACCUAUUGAUCAGAAGUUAUGCAAAGCAGAUCGGCGUACAAAGAGAUGAAUUUGGCCAAAUUCUAAAGGAUGGCAAACAGUAUUACCUCAGACACUUUUUAUCACUGGUUUCGAGAAACGCACGGAAAUAUUGGGGAGAGAACACAUGUAAAGAAUCUUUGAUGCUAUUCAAUGAGGAAAGAGUUAAUCUGGAAUACACUUUAAGAGAAGUAGCUGGUGGUCCAACGAAAGUCCAAAAUUGCAAGGAACUUGAAGAUGUACUGGAUUCUUGUAGUCAGUUAGCACCAUACAUUGAAGAUUGCGUGCCUUUUAAGCUUUAUGAUGACUUUCUUCAUGGCCUGCUUCAGUUUUCUCGUAGUCAAGAAAAUGUAUGUAAACAAGUAGAAAUUUUGUGUCUCCUGUAUGACGAAUCAAGGAGACACGGUGGGGACAUGGAGAAAUCAGAAGAGCUCAUUGAUCAAGCCAUCAAAUUGCAUGACAGUAAUCUGCUUGCUUUUGAACAGAACAGCAUGUCUGAAGCGUUUUAUUUGAGCCAUUAUGGAAGAUAUAUAUCACAGGAGUUACAAGAAAGAGUUCGAGCACAACCUCUCUUACAAAAGGUGAUCUCCAUUGUUGAAAAUGAGGUUGUUCAACACGCCUCUACAUUUGAUAGAGGCAGAGUGCUCUGUCAGAUGGGACACAAUGCACGGCUUGGGGAAAAAAGAGGCCAGAAGGCUCAAGCCUACUUCCAAAGAGCCCUACACUUUCGUCAGUCCCGUUUUGGAGUGCACGUUCUUACUGCACUUGCACACAAAGACAUGGCUGGUUUCUAUAUGUCUACCAAAGAUUUCGGUGAAGCAGAAAAAAACUACGAGGCAGCAGUUCAAAUUUUUGAAGAUAUGGGAAUGAUGAAACAAAAAGAGGCAGUUCCAACCCUUAAAAACUUUGGAAGAUGUUAUGUAAAGUGUAGAAAGUAUGACCAAGCUCGAAGAAAAUUUGAGAUGGGGAGUGAAGUUGCUGAGAACACUAUCGAGGGAAAUCACAAGUGGAAAGUUGAGAUCAACACUAAUUUGGCACUAAUUCUGUACAGAGAUUAUCCACUUGAAUUCCGUGAAGCGAAGAAAAUUGCCAAGAAUGUUUUUGACAUGGCUAAAGAACUUAAAAUGGAGAACUGGUCUCAGAGCGAGGAACUUAAGAAGUUUUACGAAAAGAAUUAG